UCCACAACAAAUAGCACGUUAUUUAUUUUCUCUCGCCGUGCCGAUACCAUCAAAGUUCAGUUAUAUAUCUAGGGUUCCAUUUAAAUAAUGGCUAAUCGCAACUGGGGCUUCUGUGAUCUGUCUGUUAGCAAAAAUUUUGAACCUGAUAAAUUACAUCUUAUAGAAAAACUUGGUUUUAAUACCAUUGCUAUCAAUUCACAUGUUGAGGAACCAUCGGACGAGCCUAAAAAGAAGAAAAAGAAAGGAGAAACCAGGGAUAAGAAAGACUACGUACCGCCACCACCAUCAGUUAUUAAAGAUACUAGUUCAAAACUCAAUAUUUUACAGAGGGUAACUAUUGAAUUUUCCGACUCUAGUAUAUCACACAAAAUUAAUCAAUCUGAAAAUCUUAAACAGUAUGAUAUAAUUGCUGUGUUACCUAAGACUUUACAAGCAUUCCAGUAUGCUUGUGCCUCUAUGGAUAUAGAUAUAAUAACUUUUGAACCGGAAUGUAGAAUUCCUUUUAAAAUAAGCCGAAAACUGUACACACAAGCAGUUGACAGGGGUAUAUUCUUCGAAAUAAUGUACUCACCAGCUAUAAGAGAUUCAACAUGCAGAAAGAACAUUAUCAGCACUGCACACAUAUACCAUGCAGUCGGAAAAUCAAGAAACAUAGUGGUGACCAGUGGAGCUGAGAAUUACAUGCAAGUAAGAGAUGUGCAUGAUGUUAUCAAUUUGGGAUUUCUACUGGGGCUAAACAGUAACGAGAGUCUUGAAGUUGUGCGGAACAAUGCAAGGCGACUUAUCCUGAAAGCGGAGGCCAGGAAACAUGGUAAACAUUAUAUACUUGUUGAUUCAAUAAAUGAUGACAGUAAAAUGUCUGAAGAUUAA